GGCGCGCUGCCGGCAUUUUAGUUAGUCAGUGUGUCUAGAAACGUCACGGAACGGACCUGCUACUUCGAAAAUGGCGCGCGUAAACAUCCCUACAUUUACCAUGAACGAUGGUAACAAAAUCCCGGCGUUGGGGUACGGUACCUGGUUGGGAAUGGAUGAAAAGGAGGAUGCUGGUCCAAGCAAACCAUUUUCGUUCGAAUUCAGCGCUGCAGGUAUGCCAAAAAUGAUGGAGGCUCUAUCGUACGCCAUAGACAUCGGAUACAGGCACAUAGACACCGCUCACCUCUAUAGAGUGGAACCGGAAGUCGGCAAGAUCAUAGACAAGAAAAUCAAAGAUGGCGUCGUGAAGAGGGAAGAUCUUUUUGUUACUACUAAGGUCUGGCAUCACUUCCACCGCGAGGCUGAUGUGGAAGUAUCAGUGCGAGGCUCGCUGCGCCGCCUCAACCUGGACUACGUCGACCUUGUGCUCAUGCACUGGCCCAUGUCUAUCUCUCAAGACGGAGUUGAUGAGAAGAUCGACUACCUAGAAACUUGGCGCGGAUUCGAGACUGUGCUGAAAAAAGGCCUCGCCAAGUCCAUUGGAGUUUCCAACUUCAAUGUGGAACAGAUGAAGAGACUUUUGGCAAACUGCAAGGUCCCACCUUCCACCAAUCAGGUUGAGAUAAACCUGAACCUCGGCCAGAAGGAGUUAGUAGACUACUGCCAGGCCAACAAUGUGCUGAUUGUAGCCUACUCCCCCUUCGGGACGAUGGUACCCUCCCGCAGCGCCCCCAACUCUCCCGAACCGAAGCUUAACAACCCCACAAUGGUAGCCAUUGGGAAGAAAUACGGCAAGUCUGUUACACAAGUCACUUUGAGAUAUUUGUACCAACGUGGUAUAGUCAGCAUCCCAAAGACAGUAACUCCAUCCAGAGUCGUAGAGAACGCGUCCAUUUUUGAUUUCGAACUGGACAAGGAUGACAUGGCGACCCUCGCCAAGUUCGACAACGGGUUCCGCACAGUCCGCCCAUUCUUCUGGCAGGAUUACCAGAAUUACCCAUUCGAGAAGAUUCCGGAUAAAAUGGAAAUACCCGAGUCUCUGAGGAUCUGGAAGAAUGGACUGAAUCUUGACAUUGAUUAGAUUUAUAAUGUAUUUUUGUAAAAACAUUGUUAUUAAGUUUUCUCUAUGAAUUAUAAUAUUAUAAUGUAAAAAAAAAUUGUUAGAA